UCCGCAUUGCAUUUACAGUACAAGCUAGCAUGUUGUCGCGCUUCAACUCAAAUCUCGUUGAGGUAUGCCCAAUGCUUGAACUAGAAUAGAGUAGAUAUGCUCUCUUUCUUUCCACCAUUUACUCCUGCUUCAUGUUCUGAAGUAGCCGAAAAGGUGAAAUUAGUUAGGGUUUUUUGAGGUUGAGUUUCCGUUGUUGUUGAGCGAUGCAUUUUCUCAAAUUAAACCCCACUCUUUUAUAUUCUGUGAGUAAUUUGCCCAGAUCCUUUCUUUCUCUGUUCUCUACUGUUGUUUCUUACCCAACUAAAACCACGGCCGAAGACAUUUCCAUCAUUGAUUACCUCAACACCAACGUCAAACUCUCCAAAGCUCAAUCCGUCUACAUCUCGAAACGACUCUCUAAGGCUAGGUCCCUUCAGCAUUCAUGGACUGUGCUUAAUUAUUUUAAACAGGUUGGACUUUCUGAAUCGCAGAUUCUAUCUAUGAUUGGCGUUCAACCCCAGAUUUUGUUUUCAGGUGUCGAUAAAACCCUGAAGCCGAAAAUUGAGUAUCUUCAGUUUCUAGGGUUUCAGGGUUCUGAGUUGGGUGAGCUUCUCUCCAAGAAUCCAUAUCUUUUGAUGUGUAGUUUGAAUAAAACGUUGGUGCCCUCUGUGGAGGCUAUUAGGAAAAUUGUUAAUAAAGAGGAAGAUUUUAUUAAGUUGCUUAUCAGAUAUGGGAGUUGGGUAAUCCAAGACCACCGAAAGGUUUUGCGCAAUGCUGCUUUUUUCCAGAGUUGUGGGAUCGUUGGGUCUCAGCUUUCCUUUUUGCUUGUAAAUCAAGGUCGCCUUUUUGUUCGACAUGAGUCUCUGCUUCAAAACUAUGUUUCACGGGCUGUCAACAUGGGUUUCUCCAUAAACUCAAGAAUGUUCGUAUAUGCACUCCGGUCAAUUAGUUGUUUGAGCGUUGUAAAGUUGGACAGAAAGUUGGAGUUAAUUCAGAGUUGCGGGUUUUCCAAAGAUGAGACCAUGCAAAUCUUUAGAAGAGCUCCACCGUUGCUUCUCCAAUCUGAGCAGAGGCUAAAAUUUGGAAUUCAUGUGUGCAUGGAUAACAUUAUGUUGCCCAAGUCACAACUGGUUAAUACCCCUGCGAUUUUGACCUUGAGCUUGGAGAAAAGAGUGACUCCUCGAUGGAGGGUUUUGCAACUCCUAAUCUCAAAAGAGCUACUUAAGAAGAAUCCAAGUUUUUUAGAGUGUUACUAUUGCCGGAGGGGAAAUUCUUGCAGGACUAUAUUUUCAAAUUUAGAGAUAAUGAAGAGGCUUUAUUGGAGGCUUACAAGGGUCAGAUCUAAAAGAUGCUUCUACUUAAUAAUUAUCAUCAAGUUCUGUUUAGUAGGCUUCUAUUCACAGCCUUAGGGUUCCUUAGAACAUGUAUGGUUUGUUUGGAUUGAGUGGAGUGGGGAGGAAGAGUUUGAAAUUUCAAUUCUGAUUCCAUUUUUCUCAGUUAACAUUUUUAACUUUCUAGCUGAGUUGCCAAAAUUUCUCUACAAUUACAAUGCUUAAUGCAUACAUACUAAAAAAUGUCUAGUAUUGUAAACCUUGAUCUACUCAUCAUGAUCUAUUUGUAUAGGAAUUAGAAGAAAGUAAGAACCUUCAAAAUAACCCCCUCACCUUAUGUCUCUUUCCUGACUCUGUAAAUUUGCCAUAUCCCCUGAAUAGCAGCAUCUCCCCAUUCAAGCCGUAGAUGUUAAAGUUUUGAAAGCAAAGAAGUUAGAUAAGAAGCUUGAAAUUAGAAGAGAAGAGAAUAAGAGAUUAGAUCUGAAAAAUGUUUCUGACCACAGUGAAAACUGAAAAGGUUGAGCAGUGCGUUUGGGUUCUCUUGAUUAAAGUGAUAAUGAAGCUCAAUAUGUCUGCUUAUUGCAUGAAAACGUUGGGGUUAAUGCCAACUUUAAUGCACUUUCACUGGCGCAUUUCAAGAUGAGCCGAUAUAUAUUUACAUCUAGGUGAACCAGUAACAGUGGCUACGGUAACUUGGUAUUUUGAUACCCUAGUUGAUAAUGAAACUAUUAUCUACUUUUUGCUUCUUCCCAUGACUGCACAGCCAGUGAAGAAAAGCAAUCAUGUUAAGUUCCUUCAAUAUGACAAGAAUGACAACCUUAUUUCAUGCAAAGCAAAAUUUUGUUGAUGGCUUUGAAAAGCAAUCAUGUUAAGCACUGAGCUGAUAUUGGGCUGUGAAUGUUAUGUAUUAUUGCAUUGCAGCAGCUAGACUUUUUUAGUAUUCUUAUUCUGGAUUUUUACCUUAAGAAUUGUUAGCAUCUGACAUUUUCUUUUUUCUUUUUUAUAUGGCUAUUUGAUUGGGUCAAUUAUAAUAUUGUUGAGGUGUAGUUCUUCCAAAGAUUUUUUUUUUUUUUUGCAUUCACAUGUAUUCGAACUUGAGAUCUGGUGCUUAAGCAGCCAUAGCCCAUUCCACUAGGAUUAACACCUGUUGAUACCAUCUGACAAUUUUUUGUGCCUAUCUUUGGUCUGGCUGAUAGUUUGGUCCAAACCAGAUCCUUUGAGACGAGUAAUAGCAUCUUUUUACCCUGAUUCUGUAGCUGUUAUUAAUUGACUAAAUUAUAGAUAAAAAAGGAAUUAUGUAAUGUGCUGAAAUUGUAGUUCAUUCGCAAAACAAUACAGAUGUGGCAAAACUUUGAGCCUCCCCUCCCCUAUUGUAACAAACAUUCAAGCCAGUUAUGGAUUAGCGAACUAUCUUUUGAGGGACAACGGAGCCCUGAAGCUAGUUUACUGGGAACCUUAUUAUAGGAUACAAAUACCCUAAACUUCCGAGAAGCUUGUUGUUAACCGUUUUUGUGUUUUCUUUAUUCUCUUUUUAUGCUCGUGCUUUUUGACAUUUAUACAAUAUUUGGUAUGCGGAAAAGUGUUUUUUAGGGGGAAAAAAUGGGAAAGUGCAUUGCCUUCUGAACUUUUAAAGGUAAAUGACAUUUACAUUUAACUAGCUAUAUGACGGAUCCCUUUGUUUUCCGGGGGAAAAAAAUCAUUUUUUCUAUGCAUUC